CGGAUCGGGUCUCUGCGUUGGGCCCUCCUCGCUCGCUCUGCCGAGGAAAGCCCGGGGGCAGCGUCCGGGUGGGAGAUGCAUCCAGUAGUAAAGGCCUUUGUGUGCGGCUCCAUCAGUGGCACUUGUUCCACACUCCUCUUCCAACCCCUUGACCUGCUGAAAACCCGCCUGCAAACUCUGCAGCCUGCUGUGAAUGGGUCUGGUCGUGCUGGGAUGGUAACGCUGCUCUUUAGGGUCGUUCGUACUGAGAGUAUUCUGGGGCUCUGGAAAGGUGUCUCUCCAUCCUUUGCAAGAUGUAUUCCUGGGGUUGGGAUUUACUUCAGCACUUUGUACAUGAUGAAGCAAAAGUUUCUUGUGGACCGUUCACCCACAGCCCUGGAGUCUGUCUUUCUGGGUGCCACUGCUCGUGCAGUUUCUGGGAUUUGCAUGUUGCCAGUGACUGUAGUGAAGACCCGAUAUGAGAGUGGAAGAUUUGGCUAUGGGAGUGUAUAUGGAGCCCUGAAGAGUAUCUAUCAGACCGAAGGGGUUCGUGGCAUGUUCAGUGGGCUCACGGCGACACUGCUGCGGGAUGCGCCCUUCUCUGGCAUCUACCUGAUGUUCUACACACAGACCAAAAACCUCAUACCUCAGGACCAGCUGGAUCCAGUGCUCAUGCCCUUGCUGAAUUUUGGCUGUGGGAUCUUUGCAGGAAUCUUGGCCUCUUUGGCAACUCAGCCUGCUGAUGUCAUCAAAACACACAUGCAGCUGUCACCCCAAAAGUACCACAGGACAAGCCAGGCCAUUGCCUUUAUCUACAAGGACUUCGGGCUGGUUGGCUUUUUCCGAGGCAGUGUGCCCCGAGUCCUCAGGCGCACUCUGAUGGCAGCAAUGGCAUGGACGGUGUAUGAGCAGAUGAUGGAAAAAAUGGGCUUGAAGUCCUGACUGAGCUGCACGAGAAAGGACCAGCUUCACUCCUUCUCCCACUUGCUGUGAUCAACUGGCACUGAGAAGUUCCCAGUUCCACAGAGGAAUAAGCCUUCCUCAGCCAGGAGGAAGAAAGCCCUUCUGAGACGGGGGAUUAGGCCUUUUGGCAAGUAGAAGAAAGGAAGGAUUGGAUCUUUGCGUUGUUUGAUCAAUGCAUUCCAGAAGGACUGCACUUGCAGACUGCCAUGGGAAAUGGCAGGGUUUUCACAGCCUGGUAACUAUGCUGAGAAGCCCCUUUUAAAAAUAACUCUGUGCUCACCACCUUUAUGCAGUGAGACAGUAUUAGAGCAAAAGUGUUUGAGGAGAAAACGGUGAUGGCAUAACCUGCCAGCCUGUUCCUUGCUGGCGUGGCCAGAAAGGCCACAGUGACCACCAUCUGAUAUAGAUCCUCCUUCCUCAUAUGCUUUAUUCUCACAGGGGAACACUAGGCCCUGAUGGGAAACUGGAUGUGUCUUGUAGUGCUUAUGUUGCACGAGUGGGUGGAAGAGAAAUGAAGUACAGAGGAAAAGCUACAGACGUGGUCCGUGCCACUUUUGUACUGUGGGUGAUUGUAUAGAGAGAACUGGAACUGCCCUGCUGUUUUAUGUGUUAUUAUGUGAUUGAGCAUCUUAACACUCAUGAAAUGAAAUGUCCUUCUGCCUCUACAGCAGAGUUUGCACAGGAAUUAUGAAUCAUGAGGCACUUUAGAAUUGAUUGCUACCAAAGUUCUACUUCUUCUUUGAAAAAAAAAAUUGCUGCUGGUCUAACCAUAGCAGAAAUA